GGUUUCUCCGGAUCCAGAGGACUUCUCUUCCCGUGAGUUCUCCAGGGCAGUCCAGGCUGCCGCCACCUUCUAGAACAGAGCACGGCACCACGCAGACGGCUGGUCAUUCUUGCUCGGGACAGCCCACCAUGGCCUCGGACCACCAGACCCAAGCGGGCAAGCCACAGCCCCUCAACCCCAAGAUCAUCAUCUUCGAGCAGGAGAACUUCCAGGGCCGCUCGCAGGAGCUCAGCGGGCCCUGCCCCAACCUGAAGGAGACGGGCAUGGACAAGGCCGGCUCCGUGCUGGUGCAGGCUGGACCCUGGGUGGGCUACGAACAAGCCAACUGCAAGGGCGAGCAGUUCGUGUUUGAGAAGGGGGAGUACCCCCGCUGGGACUCGUGGACCAGCAGUCGGAGGACGGACUCCCUCAGCUCCCUGAGGCCCAUCAAAGUGGACAGCCAGGAGCCCAAGAUCAUCCUCUACGAGAACCCCAACUUCACGGGGAAGAAGAUGGAGAUCCUGGACGACGACGUGCCCAGCUUCCACGCCCACGGCUACCAGGAGAAGGUGUCCUCCGUGCGGGUGCAGAGCGGCACGUGA